GAAAAGUUGAAAUAGGUUUGAGAUGUUCACACCCCGCAAGUGCGGUGUUAAGUACGAACCUCCAACGCUGGUAGUUUACUAUGAGGUCAAUCUUUCAGUUUGUGCAUGUGGGUGCAACUGACGUUUUAAAGCUUAAAUUUUUUCGUUCAAGGAAAAAUACGCAAGAGAUCAAUGCCAUUAAGGAAGUUAAGUAAAGAUUCAAGUAUAUCAGAAGUGGUGAAUGAUUUAAAGGAAAGCUCAAAGCAUGCUAAAUAUUUAGAAAACAUCUCAGCCAAACAGCUUGAGAAUCUGCUCACAAGAAUCCAGAACAACAUGGAAGGGAUUGAUACUUUGCCAUUUUUAAACCCAUCGACUAAAAACACUGACCAUGAUGAAGACCUUAAUAAACUGGAUGACUAUGAACUUGAUAAGAGAAAAGCUGACAUGGAUAAAGAUUUUGAAAAGAACAGACUUAGACCUGGAGAUGAUGGCUUUGUAUAUGAUAAAGAGGUGGAUUUUACUGCAGGAAAAAUGGAAUCAGGAUGGGAUGAUGAAGAUGAAUAUUCUGAUCCAGAUUUCUAAGUUAUUGUUUUGUUAAAUUAUACACCAUUUCAAUUGUUUUUUAAUUUAUAACAGGAUGUCCUACUUCAUUAUAGGGUGUAUUUUCCCCUAAUAUUCCAUGGUGAAUUUUGUAUUUAUAAUAGUUGCAUUGCAGCAGGUACGCAAUGUUUAUCAUGAAUUUUGCCCUCUGAAUGUGAAAAAAAAUUGUAAAUUUUUGAAAAUUUUGGGUUCCAAUAAGAUAUUCCCUCCCUUUAGCAUGUCCCCUUGCAAGAAAAGAGCAACAGAAAAAAAAUGGUCAGUAAUUAUUUGAGAUGGUGUGGUUUUAUCUUCUUUAAUUUUUGUACUUCUGCAUAGUGCCAUUCACCAGAAUGAUUGAAGCACUAAUAAAUAGAAUUACUCACUCACUUACA